UCAUGGUGUGAUGGAGACUGUUUCUCAGGUACAUGCUGGCAGUGUUGCCAGUGAGAUUGUUGACAGCGUACUUCAUAAGAUGUAUUCAGUUGUCAUGGAUACCCUCUUUAGCUCCAGCGAAUCAAAAUCAGAAGUGGAUAGUUCAAGCAGCAAUCAAGGCCCACUACGUGCCGAGCCAUCUCAUCUAACAGCAGCAUCAGACAUCCAGAAAAUGACAAUAGCUCUGUCUCAACUCCAGCCCCAACCACGCACCCUGGGUGAAGAGCUGGUCCAAAGUGUUCUGAAUAAAGUUGCCAGUUUCGCUGCAUCCAAUUUGGAAGAGAUUCUUCCAUUAUCUGCCCAUCAGAAAUGGAAACCACACUGGGCCUUCCAGUGUGACAUGCAAGCUGGCGAUGGGCCAGUGUGCAGGCCAAGAACAUUCUCAGAUGAUUCUGAAAGCUCUCUCAUGAGUGUGAGCUUGUCCAAGUCUGACUUGACCAUGUUUGCUAAAGACAUUGUCAGCAAAGUUUUAGGAACCAUAAUAGAUGAAUUCAAAACUGAAGAUUAUCACAGAACAAUACUGCGAGUCAACACUUUGUCAUCAGACCAGAUCUCCAUAGCAAGCAACCUGGUUCAUUCAGUUGUACAAGAUUUGCACACUGACGAUGUUCACCUUUGUCAUCUUCACAAACACCCUACUUUAAGAUGUUUCAAAGCAGAUGAGCUUCCUCCUUCCCACAUGCACUUUCACCUUGAGUCAGCAAUGAAGGGUACCCGGGUGAGAGCAAAAUGUAUUUUUCAUGAUGAAUUCAUCUCUUACCUCAAACAAGUUCUACCCAAGGAAGGCAUUCUAAAACACAUAUUUGAACAGCAGCCACUGACAGAUGCCAGCAUUCAUGAAAACCUCAAAAUGCUGCAGGUGACGGAGAAUAUUGUCAGUGAAGUUUUCAUGAGAAUACAGGAUCUGGAGCCCUCCAUUUGCCUUUUGAAGAGGACUCCAGGAGAACUCAGCGAGAGAUUAUUCUGCUCCAGUUUCAAAAGGGCUGAAACCCCAGGGCUCUUCCUCGGUGAUUCCCAGGCAGAGAUAGGCUCUGUAGCAAGAGAUAUUGUUGCAAAUGUAUUUGAAAAUGUGCAGAAAUGUUUGGUGCACAGUGUGCCCAAUACUCCAGAAAAGGACAUUUUUCUGGGGAGGAAAAACUGGGCUUUUUCCAAAGGGUCUGCAAGGGAAGUCGAACACCGAUUCACCCAGCCUCAAUUCCCUUUUUACAAUGUCUCACUGAAAGCUUCUAUGGAUACAAUUGACAGAAUAGCCAAAGACACCGUCGAAUGUGUUGUCCUCACCCUGGAGACAUUCGUAGCUCGACAUUUUAGAAGGGAGUUCAAAUGUAACUUUUUGGAAAUUGUGAAAUUCCCACUAGAAAGCCUUUCUUUCACACAGCCAACACGAUCUUUACAUUCUCUCUCGACUGGGGUAGGAAACGGAACAGAAACAUUUAGCAGUGAGAUACCAGGAAGUGCCAAUGAAAGAACAUUGCCUCCCUUGGGAUCAGCCCACAAUUUCCUGGGCAUUUCCAAGCUGGGCAGCGCAAUCACCAAGGAGGGUAUCGAAGCUGCCUUCCGGCAAGUGCAAAUGCUACACUCAGAGCUGAGCGUGUAUGCAAACAAUGCUGUCAGCAGCAUUCUGGAAAUUAUCAAGCGGACCCUGGACAACCAGCUCAGCCAGAAGGAAGCCACCUUGUUUUGCAGCUCCUCCGAAAGUCUUGUGCUGAGUGAGACAAUAAGUGUCAUGCUGGACCGAUGCACCGAGAGUCUUACCGAGAUCACUUCUGAAUUAAUGGUGGAGAACCUUCAGCUAGAAAUGUCGGGUCAAGCCCUUGCAAGGGAUAAAACCCCGACUCAGAAUCCAGUUGCUUUGCCAAGGAUGAAAAAGACAUCCAGAAAGUACAGGAGGAUAGACCUGAGUGACAGUUGUCCCCCAAUCAACGUACCCGGAAAUGUGAUUCGUUUAGAGGAAGAGGAAUUAAAGGAGGAAGUCCCAUGUAGAUUCCCUUCUGUGUUCAAGUUCUCCGAAUGGGACAUUCACACGGUGCCAGAGGGACACAAAGGCCUGCCCUGUUGUACAUCAGCUGCCAGGACAAGAGCCACUAGAUGGCAUGGACUGGACAAGGGACCAAAUAAAUUGAAGUUGGGUUUCCUGGAAGAUGAUUGGCUUCCUAGACAAAGGUCUAUUCCAAAGGGAAGCAUUUUGGAAAAACUGUUUAAUAAGACGGAAGAAUCUGAAGCCAUUUCCAGAGUCACAGGGCAGAGGAGCAAGGCUGAUCCCACCCACUGCACGCACCUCCUGCACAGUCGGUCCUUCAUGAAUCCGGAGGGCACGUGCUACUCUCCCGCUUGCCCUGUGAAGCUCACCCACACGGCUGAGACGAUUGUCAACACUCUUUUAUCUGAGUUUGGACUGGAGAGCGAUCCAGCUGGACAAGCCAGCCUUUUCGAGAAAUUCAGACCACUUUCUCCGCUGAAGGAGGACCCACGGAUGGAAACUUCUCUCUCAUCAAUGUCUGAACAGCAAACCGUGUUCAGCCGAUGGGAGAAGAGAGUGACCCAUUCCAGCGAGAAGACCAACCCAUCGACAGAAGAGAGCUCUCUUCUCACGCAGGAUGGGAGCAGCCUGCUUUCCAAGUGGGAGAGCACGCAGCCCGUCCCCAGGAGCUCCAAGAGGCACGAGGAGGCGGAGCUGCUGGCUUGUGCUCACAUGCCGGCGCCUGGGGAGAUCCAGCAGUUAGCAGACCAUAUUGUGCUGUGUGUCAUCAAAGAACUGAUCCUGAUCACAACCAGAGAUUCGUUGGAAGAGAAGGACUACGGAAUUUCUGCACCAUCAUGGAAACAAAAGCUCCAGAAACGGAUCUGGAGAAGCACAUACCCAUCUUCUAGCCCACAGAUAUCCUCGUGCCUUGGUUUGCUUUGGGAGCCUUUGACCGCUGCAGUCAUUUCUAACGUUCUCUCAAACAUUUCCGAUGUCAAGGCAAGAAGCAGCACACAAGAGAGAAAGGACAGCUUUGAGAGCAUGUUCUGUUCAGUGGACUCUUAUUGUCCUGAACAUGGGCUGAUGGGAUCAAGGAGCUCUCCCUUGAACAUUGAAGAUCUGGCAUCCCAAAUUUCCAAAGUUGUCAUAGGUGUCCUGUGUGAGAAAAAUAUUUUGCAAGAACCUCCCAAACGGAAGGGCUUCUCAGCAAGGAAACCAAAGUACAUUUACAUCCCACCUCUUUGUUUGGCUGACUUUGAUGAUAUUUAUCAUCCUCUGGUGAAGGAGGUUGCCACUUUGCUGUCCUUAGAGAUUGAAAGGAGAAGUAAAUAUGGAAUAGGUGGAAACACUGGAGAUUUCUUGGCUCACCAUCACUUCACAUCUCCUCGCUUUAGCAGAAGUUCCCGGACAUACGGCAAAGGUCCAAGUGACAUCAGGAGAACGAUGUGUCUGUCUACAAUGGAUCACAUCUCCCACAAAACCCAGAGGCUCAGUUGCAUUGUCUCUAAUCUAGAACAUUUCAUCCAUAACUUGAAAACUGAGGAGUCAAAAGAUAUAGUCAACAAAGUAUUGCACAUCAUUUUUGAUUCUCUGCAGCCAGGUCCAUCACAGAGUGGUCUUGGUGGGCCAUUUCCAAAUACCAGUUCACAGACUGUUGUGCCUUAUCAAAACAGAAAACUUCCAGCCAAACAAUGUCUCUUACGCUCCUCAAUUUGUCCUCAUGCUUGUAGGCUAACAAGCAAGGCUAGCAGCAACCUGGGACUGUCUCCAAAUUCUGUUCUCCUCCUUGAUGUUGUUAGUGAAAAGCUUAUUCAGGCCCUUUUGGAGAAAUGCCUCAUGACUGACAAGUUUGCCAGCACUUUUGCUUUUGAUGACUUUCCUGAAGAGGAACAGAUCUGUGAUGACAGAGCACAUGAUAGUGACAGUGCAGUUGUUUCGCAUUCUAGACGAUGGAUGGAAGAUCAAGAGGUCGACUCAAACACAUCCACUUUCACGUACGAGGUUAAGUAUUCAGAGGAACCAUGGGCAGAGGUUCAAUCAGGGGCUUCUUCCUACGAAUCAGCUUUGGACAACUUAGCUCACACCCUGGUUAAGCCUGUAAUGACAGAGCUUUCCCUCAGCAUCGAGAAGCCUAGGAGGAUGAAUCCCCUCUCCAAGAAGGCGGUUGGGUUCACACAGCCAAUCUCUAGAAAACCACAUGUACAGCAUGCAAGGUAUGGUAGAAGUGAGGCAUGUUCCUCAAUGCCAAGAGGUAGAAAACCAGAAUACCGAAUGCCCAUUCCAGGGAGGCGUCAUACACGGAAGAACGUACGGGAGAGGACCAAGCCCCUGUUGGGGUCUGCAGUACAACACAGAACAUGUGCCUCCAGAGCAGCCACGCCCACUGGCAAGCUCUAUGCCAGGAAGCCCUUCUCUGCUUCCUCCUUCAAGAAAUCUCACCAAAGAGAAGUAGGCUAUGUGAGAAGUCAUCCUGACCAUAGCCAGUUCCAGCCGGAAUUUUCUGCAAUCUAUCCAGCAACAUUUCUGGAGGACGUUAUUUCUCAGCUCCUGGUCAGGAUGUAUACCUCCCUGUGCUCCAAAUAUGACAGUGUGUCCUGUAUGGACAUGCGGGAGAUGAACACGUUAUUUGUGAAUGCACUAGUAGAUGAGUUUAAGAAGGCUGGUGUUGGGCUCCUACAGCAGGCUGAAGAGAAGACCUACUUCCCGCUAGUAGACAACCAAACUAUCAACAAACUAGUUGACUCUAUUUUAAGUGAGUUUGGAUUCCAAUUGGCUACUGAAAAAGACAAAAUCAGUGAUGUUAAUACCAUGGCUGAACGGGCAGCUGAAAUCAUCUUGAUGGAAAUUCUGGAUUAUCAGCUGCCACCACAAGUGUGUAGGAGGUUGCCAAAGAGUGUCUACAGAAAUGUAAAAGCUGGAAAUAUCAUCCACAGAAUAGAAGAGUGUUUCAGCUUUCCUAAAGCCCAAAGGCAAAAGCAGCCUCCUCCAGCAUACAUUACCAUAUUAUCCCAAAAGUACUUAGAAAGGGUAAUAAACCAAAUCAUGGCUCAGUUCUUCCCACCCUCUGACAGGGCCACCCAGAAGCUGGGCAAGUGGGAGAUGUCACAAGUGGAUUUUAAUGACCUCUGUUCCUAUAUGGUCAACCAAGUGAUGAGAUCCAUUGCAAAGCACAAAAUCUGGGUUGCCAAGAAAAAUGAUCGAUGCCGUUUACAUUCAGAAAAAGAGAUUCAGAGCAUGGUUGAUUCAGUUUAUGCAAAAAUCUUGAAGAAGUCUGGCUCACAGUCUUCGGUCCAGAAAGAUGUGAAAUGCCGAAGCACCACCCUUGUUGACAGCAUCGCCAGCUUCAUCAUUCAAGAAAUCACUCACCAUCAUCUCCAGACUUUUCUUUCUACAGAGGAAGAUCCUUACACUAGUCAUGAUGCCGAAGCUUUGUCUAAGAACAUUGUCAAGACCGUUCUGGAUAGUGUCUGUAAACCUCCUCCGGGAAUUUUUCCUGCCAAACAGUUAGAGGAAAUCGUUUCUAAAGUUUUAUCCAAGAUUUUCUGUGGCUCUAUGGUCAAGAAGGGAGGAGUCAAAGGGCAGCAUGAAGCUGACCUCCCUGAGAUGGCUAAAAGACUGGCCAACUCCAUCAACUUACAGUUUGGCAGGGCUACAGUCAUGGGGGCAAAGAAGGGAGAGGAGCCAAGUUUGGUAGUCCCUUUGAUGGAUGUCAUGGACGACAUGGUUGACUCUGUCUGCCACAACAUAUCAACAGAACAAGAACAAGCCUCAUGUGGUGAUCUUGGAUCUCCAGGAGAUGCGACUGCCUUGGAAACCAUUAAGAACUGGAUAGAGAAAGGUAUCUCAGAUUAUCUUCUCCAUCCACUCUUUUCAGGAGAUUUUCUCAAGGGUUCACAUUCAUCACCAGUUUAUAAAGAUAAUACAGAAAACACUGGAGAAGAGUUUGGCGAAAUCCAAGAGCAACAUGAGAGUAGAUCUCCAUUUAACACCUUCUUGUCCUCAGGAUUCUUAGAAGAUGUAAUUACUGGACUUCUAUCAAAAAUCUUCUCUUCCACAUCUUCCAGAGAUUCUACACCAAUUCAAGAUGCAAAGCACCCUUCACAUGCUGACAUAAGAAAACUCUCCACCCAGUUGCUUGAUGAUGUUCGGAUGAAACUUUUGAAACACAAAAUUAGAGUCACUAAGGACACCCAUCCAGAGCAGUAUGAAUUUUCGGAGGAUGACGUUCAGAACAUGACAGAGUCUCUGUGUGGCAAGAUCUUGCAAAAAGCAGGCUCCUUGGAAGCUGUCCAGAGGGAUAUGAAAAACAAGAGCAACUCUCUUAUCGACCGAAUAGCUGGCUUUCUUAUUGGAGAUAUCCUGAAAAAACACGUGCAGCCUUUUAUACCCAGCGAAGAAUCUCCUGCUUGCAACGCAGCCACCUCAAGGGAUACUAAGAGUAGAUUUGACAUUCAUAGAACUAUUGUCAAUCCCUUGGACCCAAAGCAAGCAACCCAAGAAAUGCAAGGUGGCUCUUCCCCUAGCGUCUUCAGAGAAAUUGUUUCCGGAUUAUUUUCAAAGAUUGCUGAUUCUUUAUCAGACAUCCCACUUCUUGACUCUAGAAAGGAAUUGGAGGACACAGCUGUGAGGUUGGCCGAGUCACUUACCAAAACACUUACCAAAAGUCAGUUUAACAUCCAAGAAGACCCUGAAGAGAAACAAGGCUCUUCUCUUGAGGCGAGAACACUGGUAGAUCGGAUGUCCCCUCACAAGGAUAUGCCAUGUGAGGAAGACCGUGGGCAUACUUCACCUCAUCACAACAUCACUAUAUCAUUUGAGGAAGCUGCAGGAUAUUUGCUGCGUUCAGGACGUCCAUCGAAUUUGGCAGAAGUGAAAUGUUUCCUUCAGAAAAAUCUGUUUGUAGGCGAGGCUGACUCUAAGGCAAAACCUCCUGUGCCAUAUAUGACUGUGCUUUCCUACCAAAUUGUAGAGGCUAUAAUUGGUAGGAUUUUGGGUCAAAUAUUCCCAUCACUCUCUAGCGCUUCGGCAUGCUCAGCUCAGGAAGAAGGACCGUUUGGGCCUGACUUCUACAACAGAAUCGCCCAAAUCAAGAAGGACACAAUGGCAGCAGUUUUAAAGCAGGCCAUCUGGAUCAGCACUUAUGGAAGUGCAAGAGAAACAAGAGUUUCUGAAGAAGCAGUGAAAAGCAUGGUGGAGUCUGUGUACAGUGACCUUCUGCAUGAAGUUCUCUUUCAGCAGCCCUUGCCGCAGGACAGGGAAGGCUUAAGCAAAUUCUAUGUAACAAAAAUAGCUUGUUUCAUCAUGAACGAAAUGUUCAAGUACCACCUGCAGUCCCUGGGUGCAGAAGAAGCAUUGUCUUGCCCGAGCCCGCCUGACAAGAGCCCCCAGGCCUCCCAUCUGACCAUCUUUCCUUACAGCCUUUUGGAAGUUAUACUUGGCCAGCUCUUGGAGAAAAUUUUCUCCCCUCCAGAAAAUACAGAAAAGCAGAUUGACUUCUCUGACUCUAAUUUCACAGAAAUGGCUGCAAACCUGAAGAGCGGUGUCAUCCCAGAGAUUUGUGCCCAUGAGAUCAGGCUGGAAAACAUCCCAGAGAGAAUUCCAGACAUGGACCGAGAAACCGAGGAAGACAUUGCUAAUUCGGUUUACAGCCAGAUUUUACACAAUUGGGAAUCCCAGCAUGAACUCCAGAAUUCUGUCUUGAGGCAAGGGAAUGCUGUUAUCCUCAGAGUGGCUAGUGUGCUCAUAAGAGAAAUUCUCAACUACCAUAUCUGCCCAUUUUUAAGUGGUAGUGAUUCUUCUAAAAGCAUAUGCACCAAAUGGCAAAAGGAAAUGGAACCACGCCCCCAUGCCACCCACUCGGCUGCCUUUUUAGAGGAUGUCAUUGUUGCUUUCUUUUGCCAGGUCCUGUCUUCCCCAAAUAUUCAGGCAUACUCAAAAGAUAACUGUUUAUCAGAAGACAAAUUGAGAGAUCGAGUCAUAGAACAAGUCCACACUCUAGUGCUUGCCUUUCAGCUCUCUAACGUCAAGGUGAUUAAUUGUGCGGAGGAAUGCUCAUACUUUCCAAAAGUAACUGCCGAGGAAGUGAUCCAGAUAAGCAACACCAUUUAUCAGAAGUUAAUAGAAAAGUCGGGAUCGGAGUUAGAGAUCUUUAAAGUUUUCCAACGUAAGAGUCAUAAUUUAGCAGAACAACUAAUCCCUUUAAUGCUAAAAGAGAUCUCUAGGUACCAUUUCCAGCCUUUGUUUACUGGAGAUACGUCUCCUUAUCUGUUUUCAUUUUUGCAAGCUGAUUCUAUCAUUGACAGAGUUGAAACCAUCCUACCAGAUUCCACCUCCUCCAGUACUAGCUUUGGAGAGAGGUUUUCGAAGAUCAUACAUAGAAUAUUUCCACUGUGGGACUCCAGUGGUUCUGAUGGCCUGGAAGAACAUGACCCAACUUUUGGCAAACCUGUGAAGACAACUUACUUUACAAAACAUAUGAAGGAACAACCAAGCUCACAGCCUCUGCAGACUGAGGGCAGAGUUGAUGUUCAUUCAUCAUCCUUUUUGAAGGACAUCUUCCGCGGACUAAUAAGCAAGUUUCUCUCAUCAACAACAAAUGCUUGCAUGCCAGAAAAAAAGGGGGAUGACCUAGAGCCUUUUCUUAAAAAUUUGGUGGAAUCCGUAUUUAGGGAAUUGGCAAAAUCUCCAGCUAAGCUUUUGCAGGCGCCUGAAGAAGGGCACGCUUCUUCAGCUAUGAGCGAAAAAGAGAGUGCUAAGAUUACUCGUUUGAGGAAUGAGUUUCAGGUUUGGCCGGGCAAUGACAAGGUGGAAGACUGGGACUCAGGUGGUGGCCAGACUCCUGGAAAGGUGGUUGAGAGUGCUUGUGCAGGCAUUCUAAGACAUUCUAGCUCUGAAGCUUCGCUAUAUGAUGAUUUAACGAGCGACAAUGAAGAGGUUGUUGACAGACUUGCCUGCUACAUGGUGAGGGCAGUUUCCAGGUGUGACUUCGAGCCAGGUUCCGAUUCUGAAGAUGACUGGUCCUACUCCACUACUGCUAUAAGGAUGGAGUCUGACAAGAUCAUCCAGAAAUUUCUGAGCAACAUGGAGUUGGUGAAAGGCAAGAGUGAGUCCUCAGAGAGCCCAGUCCCUGUGGUAUCUGUGCUUGUUUUGGAAGAGAUCUUAAGCCGAUUCCUAACCAAAAUCCUGCUUGCACAGCAUGACUUGGCAUCACCUGAAGCAAAAACAUUAUCUAAAGCAGAAGUGAAUGAUAUUGCUGACCAGCUGAAGACAUCUGUGGAGAUGCACAUGUCCAAGAACAAAAUCAACCUGGUGUCUGAGGACCAGCCAAAUUUGCACCCAGAAUAUGAAGAUACGGUCAACCAAGUGGUGCAUUCAGUCUUCAGCAAUGUCCUGGAGAAAUCUGGUUCCCAGCAUCAGAUGUACAAUGACGUGAGGAACACCAAAGUGAUAUUCCCAGAUCAAGUGGCCAGUAUGAUUGUUAAUGAGAUCUCCAGCUGCAGCACCAGUAACCUUUGUACUGAAAACACAGAAAACAAGACAAGUAGCGCACUGGAACUGGACCGGAUUGUAAGUAAAGUUAUCGCUCAAAUGGGCCAGCAUGUGGAACCUGACAAAGAACCCUCCAUGGACACAAUGACAACUCUACCAGAUCUGGCCCAGGAGUCUGUGGAAGAGGCGCUUCUCAAAGAAGUACCUGUCAAAAUAGUCCCCUACCUUGGGGAUAAGCCCCUAGAGAUUGACCCACAUCUCAUUUCAGAUCAUCUGGCAGUGCUCUCCAUCAAAACAGAAUCACUGGAAAAGCUGAACAAGAGGUGCCGCUCGAGAACUGGAAUCGGCCUUACCGAACUAAGAAAAGCAUCCUUGUCAAGCAAGAGUGUCUUCAGGAACCUUGAGCAUCAGAAUGACAAUAAAAAGAAGGAAAGACGCCCCUCCUUGGAUUUUAGUGGGCACCUGGAUGUGAAGCCAAGGGAGAUUGUCUGCAGAAACUCCUUCCAAUGCCUGAUGAAGCCAGACGUCAGCAGAGUGCAGCUCCUAAAGGACGUGUCAAGCAAGGAAGACCUCAUGCUCCGCCUCAUUGCGCAUGACAUUGAAGGCAACCCGUUUACCAUGCUUGACUGGGAGGCCAAAGAAUCUGAGAGUGAGGAGGAGGAAGAACAAGUGCUUCAAGAGGAAACCUCCUUUUUCUUCGAGGUUCCUACUAUUCCUCCGGCACAAGAUGGAGGCGCAGAGCCUACAAAAGCUGCCACUGAAUCUGUGAAUCUGCCCAAGACCUCAAGCAGCAUCACCCAGAAGAAGAGCCUUUCCCUGAGCAAAUGCUGCCCGGCUUUGAGCUUGUCCAGCUCCACCACGGAGGCUGCACUCCGAAAAAAGAGCGAAUUCUGCCCCACAAAUAUUCCUCAGAUUGAGAUUACUGCCAUGGCCUCAGGGCAUCACAUACCACCUCUUGAGCCUGCCCAAUCCAGGUCAGACAAGGCUCUGAAAGUAGCUGCCGCAGCCUCUCCAUCUGCCAAAAACGUCAGCAAGAGCGUGGCUGGUGCACCCUUGGACACUGAGCAGCCACCACCUGCAACGAGAACAGACGGGGAGCCAGAAGAACAGACACUGGAAAAAGCUGUGGUGGGCAUGCACCUCUGCCGUGACACAGAAGAAACUUCAGGGGCGGUUGAGAUCACUUCUGUCUAUCGGGACCAAAACUUUCACGAGUCUUCGUCAGAAGAGGAGGAAGAGGAGGAAGAUCAGGCAGAGGCAGGAACCAACCCCAUGACCGCCUCCAACUCAGAGACAGUCACCAUCCCUCGACAACGAUCUUCCAGAUUUGAGAAGAUCUCCAACGCGCUUUCCAGAGUGUUCUCACGAACAUCAGCGAGCAGCCUCAAUACCCCUAAACCAGACAAAGAAAAAACGGACAAGGCCUGAACUAGAAAGACUAUUUUAUAUAUUGGACAGAAUAAAUAUUUUCCUCAGAAGUAGAGGCUCCUGUCCUUUCUUGUGGAUUCAGACCAACCACUGGGCUGGUGAGGGGUGGCAGGUUGUAUGAAUAGUUAAGCGUUGAGAACUAAGCGUUGAGAACUACCUCUGAGAUGCACCACCCUUAUUGUUCAUCUGAAUCCACCCCCUUCAGGGAUACUUCUCCUAUGCUUUAGCUGGGU